AUGCAGCGCGUCGACGCAAUCUCCAUGGACUACAUCCAAAGGGACGAGGAGUUCAUGUUCGACGCGGUGACCAUCCGGCGCAUGGAGCGGGUGGUGCUGGGCGCGCUGGAGUGGCGCGCGCGCUCCGUUACGCCGCUCGCCUUCCUCGGCUUCUUCCUCUCGGCGUGCUUCCCUCCGCCGCGGCACCCAGCCCUGCUCGACGCCGUCAAGGAGCGCGCCGUCGACCUCCUCCUCCGCGCCCAGCCCGAGGUGAAGAUGGCGGAGUUCUCGCCGUCCGUGGUGGCCGCGUCGGCGCUGCUGGCCGCCGCCGGAGAGAUCGCCGUCGCCCACCUCCCCGCCUUCCAAGCCGCCGUGGCCGCUUGCCCCUUUGUAAAUAGCCUACGGGAGUGCGGCGAGGUGAUGGCGGCAGUCUGUGGCGUGGUCGGCGUCGGCGUCGGCGUCGGACCGGCGGCGAGCGCUGACACGCCGGUGACGGUCCUCGGGCACGGCCACUACCGCAGCGCCAGCUCGGAGAGCGACCGGACCGUCGGAUCGGCGGCCAACGUCGCCGAUGCCAAGAAGCGAUGCAUGGGCCCACCUUCCCAGUGGGGGUAG